AUGACAGGUUCAGCCGAAUGUCCUGCGAAUUUCACGUACGUGCCUGGGACCCACUCCUGCUACUUUCUCAGUGAUUUCCAAGCCGAUUGGACAGAGAGCCGGGCGUGGUGUCUGCGAGCUGGGGCAGACCUUGCUGUGUUCGAAUCGAAUAACGAGUAUGUGGCCGCGAAAGGGGCUUUUGAUCCCAUAGACGCAUGGAUCGGUUUGCGGGACAUUAUCGGAAAUAAUAAUGGCUGGAAGUGGGUCCGCACUGAGAACACUCCUUUGUUCACGGCCUGGAAAAGACGAGAACCAAGCUCCACCCGCGAACGGUGCGCUAUGAUCCUUAGUCGAGGGACAUGGAACGACGCCAGGUGCAAAUUUCAAUAUAAUUUCCUUUGUGAAUAUCAGUUAUAUUAAACGUGUGUUCAGACAAGAUGGAUUCCCGACAGAUACUGUGGUCAGAAGCACGACGGGAACACCCUGUAAUCUGGUGUGAAUUUGAUCGUGCACACAGAAUGACAAUGCCCAUUUUGUUCUGUUUUUACCUUACGUACCAGUUUUUACUGGUAGGUAAACCAUCAGGGACGUCAUGCCGAGUAUUUUUUUUUAUUAUACCCUGUGCACGAAUGUUCAA